GCGUCGACCGUCUCGUUCUGCAGCGCAAAUGCGAUACCACGUCGCCGCCUCGUUGGCUACAGUGUCCGGACUGUCGUGCUAGAAGAUGCCGUCAGACGUGGCAUGCUCAAUCGUGUCGUCCGUAAAAACUCACGUCCGUAAAUAUCUUGCAUGUCCGGCCGAUGUUCCCUCACCCUCCCCGUCACCACGGGAGCUGACCUUGCCGGCUGGCCCUGGCCUCAGUAGGUUGUCUGUUGGAACUUUGUGCAGCAAGCCAACAAACAAUCACAAAAUUUGGAAUUUGGACCUUGUUGUUGGUGUGCCGCUGAAGGCUUUGACCAGACGCCACCUACCUUACCUUAAUCAAUACCUUGCGGCUUGGAAGUUGGGAGCUCGCUCCUUCUCUUCAAUCUGCGGCCCCAAGCGAGGCCGGGCUGUUGUUGCCUUCAUGCAACCACAAUCGAGACCCCCGGCUUUGCAAUGUAAAAUUCGCAGUACAUGCCACAAUUUGUUUCCGAUUGGUCAAGUUAUCGUAGUUGCAAUGCAAUUGACUGCCUUGCUCGGCCGUAUAGCUGCUAUUGCUACCUUACCACAACUUCACUUACCCUCAUCAUGCCCAUCAAGUACAUUCCGUCAUUAAAGUAAUCCGUCGUGCCGUGCCCGCUCAAUGCUCCAACGCCAUGAUAUAGACAUUUACAAUAUCUCCACAGCAAACAAUACGCGUGCAUGUAAAUAAACCCCCCCCCCAGGCCAAUUCGAGUUGGUGUUACAAUCAUCCUUUGGAAGUUGAUGAGAGGGGAAAAAAACAAGGAUUUUGUGUCAAAAGCUCCUUCACGGGGGGCCAAGUUGUCGUUCCAUCACCGUUGCCAACUAUCGCCAUGUGUUUCAUCGCUCGUGCC